GUAGUUUAAACACUAAUCCCCAUAUUCACUCUCUUUGAAGUCGGUUGCCAACCCUGUUUUCAGUGCCCAUCCAGUAGGCUCUUGACUACGCCCUAACGUCAUUCAUUUGCAGAAUCUCGUUGUAAAUUGACGCGGAAUAGACUGUAAUCCAUUCGGACUCGCGAUCGCUAAACUGACACUUUUCUGCCUGAACGCUUCUCGCGGAUCUCUUCUUCGAAAUGUUAGAUGGCAAAACUACUUGUACUUUUGAACACGGCAGCAUGAUGGGUGUAGCCUGUAACGAGGGCUUGGUGCUGGCCACCAGUUCGAGGGAUCACCUGAUGUACCACCUGGAUGACCGCAUAUACUUGUGUGCCCCUCGUGCCGCCAAUGAUCGCGAGAAAAUCCUGCAAGUGUGCGCCCAGGUGGAGUACCUGACCCGCGAUCUGGGCCAGAAAAUCACGGUGGCCCAAGUGCAGGACAUGCUGAGCUGGAAAUUCAAGGAGGAGACCGUGGACACCCUGCUGGCUGGCGAGGAUUCCAACGGCCUCCACAUCUACAGCUUGAAGUCCAAUAAGGCAUCGCGCAGGGUGAUGUAUGCGGCCAAGGGCAACGAGGAGGAUGAAAUCCAGGCCCAGUUGCUGGUGAACUGGAGGCAGAACCUCAAAAUUGGUGAGGCUGAGCAGCUAGCCAGGGAUGCACUCAAAGUCAACGGCAACAACUACUUGGACCUGUGCGUCAUAUACAGGACUGUGGAAUCGGAGCAGAGCCCGUCUGCCUGAUCGCAGGGAAGCCAUCUCUAUGCAAUAAUUAAUCGCAUCGUUCCCUUUUCAGGUUGAAAUAAAUGAAUUGUUGAUGCUCCACUGCCUCCCCUGUAA